GGGGCCCCAGCUCAAGCUUAUGUAAGGAGUAUUCAGUUGCUUCCUGGUGGCGCUGGGCUGACUGCAUUCAGAACCGCACAGCAGAGCAACCAACAGGCAGCAGAUUACACACAGACAGCCAGCUAGGCAGUCAGCCAGCCAGUCCUAAGUUGAGUUACUAAGAUAGUCGGAGAGCCAGACAGAGAAGGAGUGAGUUUCUAUCUGAUAGAGAGAGACAGAGAGAAAAAGUGAGCGAGAGAGACUGAAAGAGGAGAGAGAGUUUGGAAGUAGAAACCGGACGGAUCUUCUGCAUUAGGACAGAGAGAGAGAGAGAAAGCAGGGUAGGUGAGGGACCAUCACAGACACCGACCCACCCUUUAUCCAGCUCCCACACGAACCCAGCCGUAAACAUGUUACUGUUGGAUGAGACGGAAACAUUUGGAGACCAGCCCCAUAGUGGCCCCUUGAGUUCAGAGACCGAGGCGCAAAGGGGAGACUCAGCAGGAUGGCAGUGUACCCCCCCUUCUACCUCUCCUUCGGGUGGGGAGACGCCCUCCCGGACCCUCUCCAGGCCCCCAUCCCGACACGCCAGCCAGAGCACCUCCCGCUCCCUGGCCAGCUCCAAGAAGAGAUCGUCUAAACCUGCACACAUGAGACGCAACAUCAGAAAGCUACUGAAGGAGCACCAGUUGGAUGCAGUGACCAAGGCCGCCCACCAGGAGGAACUGGAGAGGCGAUGCCGCCUCAAACACCCGAGGAAAGACCUCCCUUCUGACUACACGCUUGCAGGCCUCUCCCAGAGCAGCGGAGCCCAGCAGGCUGACAUCUGUCUGGGCCCCAGCAGCAUCGGCCAGCAGGACAGCAAGCCCCUGGCCCGCGCAACACCUCCCCUCAAAGACGAUGUGACUGACCUCAGCCCGGGGGAGGACGACCUCCACAUCACCGGCGCGUCAACCGACGACAGCGACGCCACACCGAAGGGCGUGGCCCACAUCGACGACACUCUCAACCAACCCGACGCCAGGGGGCGUGUCCUGGUCAACCUGAACCACCCGGCCUCCGACCCCGACCUCUUCCUGUCCCCUCAGCUCGCCCACGCCGUCAAGCCCCACCAGAUCGGAGGGAUCCGGUUCCUGUAUGACAACCUGGUGGAGUCGCUGCAGAGGUUUGAGAGCAGCAGUGGCUUGGGCUGCAUCCUGGCCCACAGCAUGGGACUGGGCAAGACCCUGCAGGUCAUCUCCUUCAUAGACAUCCUGCUGAGACACACCCAGGCUCACACCGUGCUGGCCAUCGUCCCUGUCAACACAUUACAGAACUGGCUGGCAGAGUUCAACCUCUGGGUACCUCCCCCUGAGGCGUCCCCGGAUACAGACCCGGCCCUCGUGACCCCUCGCACCUUCAAGGUGCACAUCCUCAACGACGAGCACAAGACCACAGCCUCCAGAGCUAGGGUAGUGGAGGACUGGGCUUGCGGCGGCGUGCUGCUGAUGGGCUACGAGAUGUACCGCCUGCUGUCCAUGAAGAAGAGCUUCGUGGCGGGGAGGAAGAGGAAGAGCAAGAAGCAGGCGGGCCCUGUGGUCAUCGACCUGGACGAGGAGGACCGCCAACAGGAGCUGCUCGGAGGCAUCGAGCGCGCCCUGUCUCGGCCCGGCCCGGACGUGGUGAUCUGUGACGAGGGCCACCGCAUCAAGAACUGCCACGCCAGCACCUCUCAGGCCCUGAAGAGCAUCCACACCCAGCGCAGAGUGGUCCUCACCGGCUACCCGCUCCAGAACAGCCUGCUGGAAUACUGGUGCAUGGUGGACUUUGUGAGGCCCGACUUCCUGGGCACGCGGCAGGAGUUCAGCAACAUGUUCGAGAGGCCCAUCCUGAACGGCCAGUGUGUGGACAGCACCCCCCAGGACCUGAGGCUGAUGCGCUACCGGAGCCACGUGCUGCAUAGCCUGCUGGAGGGGUUUGUCCAGAGGCGGGGCCAUGACGUGCUGAGGGACCAGCUGCCCUCCAAGGACGAGCAUGUGAUCCUGGUCAGGCUCUCCCCCCUGCAGAGGGCGCUCUACACAGAGUUCAUGAACCGCUUCAGAGAGGCAGGAAACUCUGGCUGGCUCAGCCUCAACCCUCUCAAGGCCUUCUGCGUCUGCUGCAAGAUCUGGAACCACCCAGACGUUCUGUACGAGACGCUCCAAAAGGAGAACCUGGUCAAUGAGCAGGACCUUGACCUGGAUGACAUCACCACCGCAGGCCCCGCCCGUUGCCCCCCAACCAAUCAGAAGGCCAAGCUCCCGGAGACGGAGAACCCCGACGCCAUUGGGGGGCUGAGCCUCACUGCCUUGCAGGAGAAGGCCAAUCAGGUCAUCACCUACGAAUGGGCCAAGGACAUCAUGUGUGGCUAUGAGACGGGCGUCCUGGAGAACUCUGCCAAGAUGGUGCUGCUGUUCCACCUGAUCGAGGAGAGCGUCCGGACGGGAGACAAGAUCCUGGUUUUCAGUCAGAGUCUGUCGACCCUUACUGUCAUUGAAGAGUUUCUUGCUAAGAGGCAGCUUCCCCCAAGUCCAGGCCAGAACCAAACCCAGAAACAGAACUGGAUCCGCAAUCAAAACUACUACCGUCUGGAUGGCAGUACGUCUGUCUCAGAGAGGGAGAGACUAAUCAACCAGUUCAACGACCCCUCAAACACGUCUGCCUGGGUCUUCCUGCUCUCCACCAGGGCGGGCUGCCUGGGGGUGAACCUGAUCGGGGCCAACCGCGUGGUGGUGUUCGACGCCUCCUGGAACCCGUGCCACGACGCCCAAGCCGUGUGCCGCGUCUACCGCUACGGCCAGAAGAAGCCCUGCCACAUCUACCGGCUGGUGUGUGACUUCACCCUGGAGAAGAAGAUCUACGACCGGCAGAUCUCCAAACAGGGCAUGUCUGACCGCGUGGUGGACGACCUGAACCCCGUGCUGGCGUUCACGCGCAGGGAGGUGGAGUCUCUGCUGCACUUUGUGGAGGAGGAGCCCGAGCCGUGGCAGGUGCAGCUGCAGAGCCAGGAGCACAUGGAGAAGGUGAUCAGGAAGGCCUGCCAGCUCCACCCUCACCUCAUCACCAAGCAACCCUUCCACCACGAGUCCCUGCUGAUGGACAGGAGGGAGCUGAAGCUCACCAAGGCUGAGAAGAAGGCAGCCAGGAAGAGCUACGAGGAGGAGAAGAGGGCGUCGGUGCCCUACACCAGGCCGUCCUACGCCCACUACUACCCCGCCAGCGACCAGAGCCUCACCAACAUCCCCGCCUUCAGCCAGCGCAACUGGCGCCCCCCCCCUACUUGUCCAGAAGAGAAGCCAGGGGCCAGCGUCCGGCCUGUCCAGUCCACUCCGGUUCCCAUCGUGCCGCGGCAGGCUACCCAAGGCUCCGCCUCCCUGCCAGUGUCAGACUCCAACUCAGGCUUCCCAGUUAACUACCUCCAAAAGGCCGGCGUGUUCGUCCAGAAGAUAGUCACCACCACUGACAUAGUUAUUCCUGGAGCCCACAGCUCCACAGACGUCAAGGCCAGGAUCAGUGCUGGGGAGAGUAUCCAUGUCAUCAGAGGAACCAAGGGAACCUACAUCAGGGCGAGUGAUGGGAGGAUAUUUGCCAUCCGAGCUGCAGCUAAGCCAAAGCCAGGAGAGGAGAGUGCUGCCGGACCCAAAGAUGCCCAGAAUCCACCAGAAGACGUGUCCACCAAUAGCGGCAGUGCCUGCGUGUCACCUGACCGGGAGCAAAUGUCGUCUGAGGGCGCACCCCGCCCCGUCUCCCCAGACGGCCCCGAUAUCCUGAGCGAGCUGCAGCGCUACGCGGCCAGGCCCGGGGACGAAGUAGGGGUCCAUGAGACCCCGCCCUCUUCUGUGUCUGGAGGUCCCCAGGAGAGGGCGCCAGAGAGCCCCAAAAACAACAGCCAUCUGACCACCGCCAGCAUGUUCACCAACGGUGACCGGGUGACCACAGACAACCCAGCAACCGCCAACGUAAAGCAUCAGGGAGACGCCGUCGCUUCCGGCCCCGUCCGGCCCAACAUGGACGCCACCGCCGCCCUGGACCUGCGUGGCGCCAAACGCAAGGCCUCCAGCCCGUCAUUGGACGAGCGUGCCAACAAGCAGCCGGGCCCCGGCAAUCGUUCCUCUGCCCCGCUGCCCUCCUCGGGCUUCCCCUUCGCUGGAGCCUGCGGCCUGCCCUCCCUGGGCCUCAGCCCCGCCAUGCUGGGGGCCAUGGGACACCCCCUCUUCAUGGGGGCGGGAUCACCCUACUUCCACCCCCCUGGCCAGAUGGGAGACCCCCGCCACGUAUUCCCUAUGACCCCUGAGCCCUUUAAUCUUGGGAGUGGGGCCCUGCCUAGCUCCUCCUCCCGUUCCUCCUCCUCCACUACCUCCACUCCCACCCCGUCCUGCUCCUCCUUCUCCUCCUCCUCCUCUGCUGCUACUGCUAGCUCCGGCCUGGGUGCCCUGCCUCCCUUCAUGUUGGGUGCGGCGGGCAUGGCGGGCAUGCUGCCCUCUGGCUACCAUCUGCCCUACAGCCAGGCUCUGGGGGGGCUCUACCCAGCCUCCGUCCUCCCCGGGGGUCUACCUGCUGCCAUGCCCGGCCCGGCAGGAGCCAGCUUCCUGUCCCACUACACCCCUACUUCCUCCUCAAGCUCCUCCCCCUCCCCCUCCUCGGGCCUGCUUCGUCCGGACGGACACGGCUCGACGGAAAACGGCGACGAUCGCAGCAGCAGCUCAGACGAUGGGGAUGAUGUCGACGACGACGAUGAUGAUGACGUCAUUGAGGUUAUGGGACAAUAAUUGGUGGCUCCUCGCUGUCCAAUCCCCAGUGAGAAAACGAAGUGCAUCCCUGAGUCUUUGCGUGCGAACUGACCUGAACACAAGUCUCCCAGGACAAAGCAACAAAUCUUGAUGCUGAAUAUCUUAUUUAAGACAAAAUAUUAAAAAGGAUGACCAUAGAGAACCAAUAUGGAGACCUUAUGACUUUCGAAAUUGGGCCUCGGACUAGCUUAGCUUACACAUCACUGGUUGAUUCUUAACUGUUGGUCGGGGCCUACAGUCAUUUAACAGUGGGCCUGUGUGGCUGUUUUGGGUUACUGCUUUUUGGAAAGACUCCUAGUUGAUUGAUUACCAACGAUCUUACAUUAGCCUUGUUGAAUCAGUUUGUUCGAUGUAGUCAGUAGAUUGACGCCUGUAUGGUAGAAGACUUCAGGCUCUCGUCAUUGAUAUUGAUUGUACUCUGUGCUACUGAACCCUUUCUUUAUUCCUUUUUUUUUUUACUUAAAAUUGUUCAAAUGGUAGACUGCCAUUUACCAAUUCUCUUUCAUUUACAUUUACAUUUAGUCAUUUAGCAGACGCUCUUAUCCAGAGCGACUUACAGUAAGUACAGGGACAUUCCCCCGAGGCAAGUAGGGUGAAGUGCCUUGCCCAAGGACACAACGUCAGUUGGCAUGGAAUCGAGUUGGCGGGAAUCGAACUGGCAACCUUCGGAUUACUAGCCCGAUU